AUGAGAAAAGCUGGUGCAGACAAUAAAGUAAAAAAAACUUUUGUACGACAUACUGAGCAAAAAGUUAAAAACUGUCACCAAGUUGUAUGUGAUCUAGAUGCGGACUCUUCACAAUCAACUGCUGUUCAUCAAAUAAAAGGACAACUUUUGGAUCGACCGUCCUUAUGCUCCAGUGAAGUUUUAGCAAAUUACUUAUCUGAAGCUAAGAAUAUUGUACCUCAAAGACCGGUGAUAGAAGCAGACAAUCUUAUUGACAAAGUUGAAUUAAAAGAAAAGAUCACAAAGAAAUUGAAUUUUCAUUUUAAUGAUAGAAUCUACAGCAAUUUGGUCGAAUUAAAUGCAGACCUUGGCAAUACUAAGAAGAAAGAAAAAAAGACAAAAGCGACACAUAACUCAAAGAAAGAUCUUGAACCAAACAUUGAUGAUUUCUGCCACAAUGAAAAAGAAGAAGACAAUGUUCCUGACAUACCAAUUAUUAAACCUAAAUUAAAGCCUGUGAAGUGGACUGAAGGAAAAAAUGCCUUACAUAAAUUAAUUGCAACAUUUGAGGUUUUAUGA